CAGUAAACCACGCGAAGGGAUCGAUUAAAAGAUCAAACUGGAAGUGUCUGGUGUUAAACUAACAGUGUGCCUGUGGUCCUGUUGAUAGGAAGGGCUCAGCAGUGCCUGGGUGCCCAGGGAGCCACUGCCUGAGUCCCUAGAGGUAGAGACCAAACCACAGGACAUGAGUGCUGCCAAAGGAGGCCUGGUCAUCUUCACGGCCAACUCCAACCCCUCCAGCAGAGAGCUAGGGAGGAGGAUAGCCGAGCGGUUGGGUGUGGAACUUGGGAAGGUGCAGGUCUAUCAAGAAGCUAACAGAGAAACACGGGUCCAAAUCGAAGAGUCUGUGCGUGGCAAAGAUGUUUUCAUCAUCCAAACGGUCUCCAAAGAUGUUAACACCACCAUCAUGGAGCUGCUCAUUAUGGUGUAUGCCUGCAGGACGUCCUGUGCUCGAAACAUCAUUGGCGUCAUUCCCUAUUUCCCCUACAGCAAGCAGUGCAAGAUGCGGAAGAGAGGCUCCAUCGUCUCUAAACUACUUGCCUCAAUGAUGUGUAAAGCAGGUCUGACUCAUCUCAUUACAAUGGAUUUGCAUCAAAAGGAAAUCCAGGGUUUCUUCAACAUUCCAGUGGACAAUCUGCGGGCCUCGCCAUUUUUACUACAAUAUAUACAGGAAGAAAUUCCUGACUACAGAAAUGCUGUAAUUGUGGCCAAAUCUCCAGCAUCAGCUAAAAGGUGAAGUCAUUUGCAUGUCAUGUCAGUAGUUUAGCUGUGUUGACUAAAACUGUAGUAGUGGUGUAUGCUUUUAAUAUUAAGAGCGGCUUCCUGACUUCUGACUCGACAUAUGCCGUAAAUAUAUGCCGAUAACCCCUUGAAUGCAUAUAGGUUAGUUUUAAAGAUUAGUAUAUUUGAUUUCAA